GGGUAAUGCAGGGCCGAAGGACAUAGGACAUGCGCCCACAAUAUACAAUAACAUGAAAAGGAAGUUAAAAGGACGCAGGUGACGUUGUUCUGCACUGAAAAGUAUAGUUUUUCAAAAUCGUUGCUCGAAAGAAAUUUUAAUUACUACAAUAACAAAAACUAGUGAUUAUUCUAACAGAAUGCGUGAAACUAAUGGACCAGACUUCGAUGAUAAACUGAUCCGCUUGGUGCGUGAUAAUCCGGCCAUUUAUGAUGUGAGCCACGAGCACUACAGACGCUACCAAGUUAGAGUUGCGAUUUGGGAUCGUAUUGCUGCGGAGCUUCGAACACCGUCAAAAUUUCUUCAAACGAAAUGGAAAAACAUACGAUACAAUUACUUGCAAGAACUCAAAAGCUUGGAAACCGGAUUGGCAAAUGCGAAUAUACGCAAACGACGGUUUACCGAAGACUUAUCAUUUCUGCAGAAUACAGCACAAACUUAUAAGAAGUACUCCAGCUCCGAUAAUGAUAGCAAUAGCUAUCUCUAUGCGGAUCCACAGAAUGCCAGCACCUAUGAAAUCAUUGAAAUCGAGCACAGCGACGACGACAACACACCAAUGGAGUACGAUCCUAGGGACUAUCAUAUUGAUCAUUCUAGGCCGCCUCUUCAAAUUUAUGAGAACGAAAAAUUGUCUUCCACAAGAACUAAUGAAUGCUAUGAAGAUGAUCAACUUCUAACGGAACUGCCUACAGCAUUCAAAUCGGAAAAGUCGAGUGACCCACGGACGGAUGCUUCAACACAACAUAAAGUUAAAUUAACACCACCUCCAAAGGUUUUCGCAACUCCUGAAGGCGAUAGUUCUCAUACGCAAACAGCGAUAUGUCCACCAUCACCGAUGCAAUCACAUGCUUCAAGUCCUUUGUCGCUAGCGCCGAUCGUCGUUAUGGGCAAUGAUCAGACCUUUGCUUCUAAUGGUGAAGCAUCUUUGAAUCCAAUACCAAAGCAAACAGCUACAUCAUCUACGCUGGGGCACCAAAAUGAUGUUAUUGAUUCUGUCGAUAAAAGCACACCAAACGAUAUCGUGUCUAAUGCUACAAAGAGAAAGUCGAUGCCGGCGCCAUUUCCAGUUCUAACGCCCAUUAAUGAUCCCAUCGAACUAUAUUGCCUAUCACUGGUUGAUAGCUUGCGUAAUAUGGCCCGUGCAGAGCGGGAGCGUGUCAAGUUUGAGUUCGCUAAAAUACUCAAAGAUGCCAAGUACAAUGAUCAAAGUUAAUCUAUUAAUGAGGGACAAAAUGGAUUUAAUUUACAAUGAGAAUAAAAUGUAUUAAAUGAAAACGAUCCGAUAAAAAAAUUUUGGUUUUACUUAGUUUUACUAGUAUUUCCUCCAAAUGUAUAGACAUAUAAAACUAUAUAGAUAAAUGUAAUAUUCAUCGAAAUUUAAAAUAUAUAAACAUUUAAACCAUUUAUAUAAAGUUGUUUUUUUUUGUCUCUGUU